AUGUCGUCUGCGUUGACUACGUUUGAACACUCGUUCUACAUCGGGAACUACAUGAGUGGUAUCCUUUACGGGGUGGAACUGGUCAUGUAUUUCCUGACACUGCAGGGUCUAUUCCGCAAGGGAAAUCACAACUCCGCCAAAAGCAGAAGAUUCUUUGCCAUCUAUAGCACCCUUUUGUUGCUUCUCUUGACGAUUGACAUCUCAGUCAACGCAGUAUGGGGCGAGCAGAUGUGGAUUACAUUCCGAGACGGUCCUGGAGGUGUACCUGGGUUCAUUGCCACUCAGACCUCCGUCUGGUAUCAGACCCUUGGAUCAACGUCUGUUGUUGCCAUGAUUUUCAUGGGUGAUGCUCUCCUGCUCUACCGACUCUACGUGAUUUAUGGCCAGAGCUACCUUGUCAUUGCAUUACCGAUCCUGACUUACCUUGCGGCGUUUUCAUUGGCUAUUAUUGAAUUGGUCAUUGCCGGAAAACCUGGGGGAAAUUUCUUCCAUGGCAAAUCGAUCAACUUCGGAACUCCAUACUAUACUAUUACGAUUGCUUUCAACAUUUUUGUUACUCUCUGUGUUGUCCUCCGCCUCCACAAACUCGGAAAGGCCGUAUCACGGGCACUUGGAAGAGAUAGUGCUAGAAUGUACACCAGCAUCGCCUCGAUGCUCGUCGAGUCUGCGGCCCCAUACAGCUUGUUCGGGAUCAUGUUUUUGAUUCCGUACGCGCUCGGAAACGGAACUGCCAUCUCUUUCGGACAAGUCUGGGCUAAGCUGGCAUGUAUCUCUCCCCAGCUAAUUGUCCUACGAGUAGUGACCGGCAAGGCUUGGGGACGAGAAAUCAUCACUCAAGCACAAAGUAAUGUUGAAUUUAUCGUGCGACCUAAUGCCCAUUCCAGUGGAAUUGAAAUGCAACAAAGCGUUCAUUACAGCCACGGAGGUACCACCUUGGGGGACACCGCCACAGAAAAAUGGAACGGUAGCACCAAAAGUCUAUCGUCGUAA